AUGGACGAACCCGAGCCUAUCCCGUGGCUGAGCAAGGAUAAGCUCGCGUACUACGGCCCGUUCAGGGACAACGUUCGCGCGUUCGUGAAGAACGAGACCGAGCCGGAUGACUACUACGUCGAGGGCGGGGUCUUGGGUCACACGGUGACGCUCGCGAAAGGGACGAAGUACGAAACGAAUUUGAGGGUGUACGAGGAGACGAUGCUCGAGUCCACGCGCGUGCACUGCGACUGCUGCCGAUGCAUCGGAUGGCAUCACCACCCGGUGACGCGGAAGCAGUACCACUUCAUAAUUCACACCGACUUCCGAACGGAUUUGAAACCGGAGCUGAAAGGAAAGCGGAUCUGUCAGAUCUGCACGGCCGCGAUGCCGAUCAAAGAGAAGAAGUGCAUCUCGUGCGGCGAGAAGGACUGCGACACGAGCAUCCUGGACUACCAGACGCACCUCAUGCACGGCACGCUGCACGCGAACGGGUGCGGGCACUUGAAACGCAUCAACGGCCGAGAAGCCGGGUCGCGGGUCCUGUCCGGGCAGCAGCUGAUUCAGAUCUGGGAGAAGAUCUGCCACCUCCUCCGCGCGCGCGAGGUCAGCGUCGAGGACGUCUCGCAAAAGUACGGCGUCGAGUUCCGUCUAUUGAACCCCGUGGCGUGCGGGAAGACGUGGUACGGCACCUUCGGGUAUCAGUUUGGGAAAGGGUCGUUUGGGAACACGGGGGCGACGCACCGCAAAGCCGCGGAGCGCCUGCGAGGGUUCACGCUGGAGAACGUCAGGGCUGACUUCAAAGCAAUGGGGGGCACGAACCCCGGGGCGGUGAGCGCGUGGGUCGGCGCGGGCGGCGCGAACGCGUACGCGAUCGGCGCCGCCGGGUCGUUGGUCACCGGGAACGUCUUAGAGGUGAUCUCCAGGUACGAGAAGAUCAUGGGGAAGUACGCGCCGAAGACGUUGGGAGACCUCGUGUCGUUGUUGCUCAGGCUGCAGCGGAUCGUGCGGAAGAAGGAGAAGGCGCGGAGGGACAAGGAGAUGGCGGCGCAGAGGAAAGCGAACAAGAGCGUGGGGGGGAUUCGGAUCAAAGAGGAAGGCCUCGCGAGGGAGGCGGCGGCGAAGCGCAAAGCUGCCUCUUCGAUUUUUGAGCCCCUGAAGUUCGAGACGAAGCUCUCGAAAGCGUCGAAGAUGUCCAAGACGAAUGGCGGGACCGGGACCCCCGGUAAGGUGAUGUCGUCUGCGAAGCCGAGGGCGCUGCCGCCGCGGCCGCUCCGACCGCGCGGCGCCGACGGCUUAGUCCCCGCGUCCGACGUCAAGGACGAGCCCGAGGAGGCGAAGCCGGCGAAGAAAGAGCCGCCGCCACCGAAGAAGAAGAAGGAGAAAGAAAAGGAGCCAAAGAAAAAGAAGGAGAAGAAGGAGCUCGUCCCCGGCGCGCCCGUGGUGUCGCGGUGGAGCGACGCGAGGAUCGAAAUCGCGUCCAACGCGUGCGUGGAGGUGCUGCGCGAGGCUGGGGGGAAGUGGCUGCCGCGGCAGGAGGUCAGAGGGCUCGCGCGCGCGAAAGGGGUGGGAGACACCGGGUUGUUGGAUCACGUCCUGAAGAGCAUCUCCGAGCGAAAGGUUGUCCUGCGCAAGAGGCCGCCGGCGAACGCGAAAGCCGCGACGAAGCCAGUCCCGAAAGGUGCGCGCGGUUUGUUUUCUUCCCCGUCGCGCGCGUUUUCCUCUCGUCCCGAUUUAUCUUUUGGAAGAGGGUUCAUCGCCCCGGGGGUCAUUCGCGCGAUGGGGCUGAUGAGUAUUAGCCAAAUCCAAAGCGAGGCGGCCUCGUUCUCGCGAUCGAGAGCCACCUGCGGAGCACUGUUGACAACUCACGGCGUCGAGAAAAAGUAUAUUAUUCUGACCCGCGCAGCGGGUGCACCCUCAGCCUUCCUUCCUCCCGUCGAGGCAAACGCGCGAACGACACACUUCAAUACCGUGUUCGAAAGCUAA